AUGGAAGGGAGAAGAGUGCCUGGCCCACGACCGAUUGGUGCACAGUUGGGUAUUGGUAUUCAAAGUCCCGGGUUAUACAUACCUAGAAACCCUAGGAAUUAUGAUCCUGACGAUGACGAUGAUGCUGAUGAUACAACCUAUAGUGAAAAUGAUGUUAGGCGCAAGAAGCAAAAAACGUGGCUUAAUAGUGUUGAUGAUGCUAUUCCUAAGAACAUCCUUGAUUUUUCUGUGAUUGCAAGUGAGGAAGUAGACACAUCUGAAGGUGCCAAAGUUCUGAGUGAAGCCUUGGUGAAUGAAAUCGAUGAUGAAAUGGAUUUGCUAACAGAUAAUACAGAGAGUGAUGCUGAUAGCAAUCUAGCAGGUGAAGAAUUGCAUAAUAGCUCUAUGAAAUGGCAACUGGGGUGGGAUAGUAUUCAAACAGAUGUACCGAAGGAACUUGAAUUAUAUCCCAGUGUAGAUAUUCAUCACAACUACGAUCUCGCAUAUGCAGCAACUGUUAAUGACAACCCGAGAGAAAACAGCUAUAUACCGAGUGAUAUCAUAAAUGAAAUGGCCCAGAAGGAGAAAGCCAAUAGAAACAAUACGGUCAAUGAUCACAGCGAGAGUAAGAAAUUCACACCUCUUGAUCCUAAUACAGAUUUCCUGGUAGCUAUUGGUAAAGUACUAACCAAAGCUGACAUUAAAAAUGAUCAAGAAGAACGUGCGCUUGUUGCAUAUAGACAUCCACUCUCUCCGUCAAAUUUAAUCAUCACCUAUAUGGAAAAAGAAAAUAUUACUGUGCAAAACAAAGAAAAGGCAGAUAGUAAUGUGAUAAUAUAUAGACCUUCACAAAAGACUUACACAUCGAUAACAAUAAAUCUAAAUUCUGUCAUUAAAUGCAUAAAGUUUUCGAAACUUGCUGAAUCACUGGGUAGCUACUCUGAUAUGGUCGGAGUCUUGACAGAGAAUACUUUAACAGUAAUAAAGCUAAUAAAAUUUGAUGCAAAAGAAAAAAAAAUAGAUUAUACAUUAUUUAACCCGCUAGAAUCGAGAUUAAUUAGCGAUUUUACGAUUGCAGACUUCGAUUUCAAUCCAUGGGACACUGAUAUAAUAGCCACAAUCGAUACCAAAGGUAACUGGUCCAUUAUUGAAAUUCCGACAGUCAAAAAGAAAAUGCCUAAUCCUGAAUCUUUAAACCUGAAGGUCAAAAGUAACCAUUUUGGCUCAAUAUUUGAUAUAGAAGAAAUGUCUAAUUGGAAAAGGAUACGCUGGUCCAACAACCAUACUAGACUUGUAGUAAUGAAUGAAUCACGAUUGAUAGAACUUGAUUUCAAGCAAAAUUGGCAACAAGAAGUUAUACAAGCAAAAACCUGGUCUAAAAUUAGAGAUGUGGUUGACCUAAAUGAUAACUUCAAACUGAUUCUGACAUCGAGGGAGAUCAUUGUUACAACAAUCAAUUCUAGUAAAAAUACGAGAGACUCUAACCAUAAAAUUAAUUUGAAAAGAGAAGUUUCUUGGCUUCAUAAUAUCUCAGAAGAUGAUGCGUCGCUAAGAUGCCGUGUUCAGAAAUACCAAUUUCAGAGAAAGACUCUGUUUUUCGUGUACCUCUAUUCCAAGAGAUUUAAUGUAGUAUAUAUCCAUGGUUUUUCGAUUGGAUAUAAUGAUACUAUCCAAUCAUUUGGCGUAUCAAAGAUUAUCUAUAUACCAGGAAUUUACAAUAUCGACUCAAUUGAUGUUGAAACUUUGGAGAUAAAUGAUUAUUACACUGAUUCCAUUGAUCUCGGUGAUAUUACUUCAACCUUAUUAAUAUACGACAUUGUAGGGAACAAAUUGAUCAACUAUACUCUCAACAACUCCGCUAAUUUCGACAACAUUCAGUUAAACAAUAUGGCGAUAGAACGAUUCAGAGGUCCAUUAGUGAAAUAUCCAAUACCCAAUGUGCAGGCCCUAUUUAAGGAACUACAGAAAGAAUAUUUGUAUGCGAUUAGGCAAUACAGGAAGAUAACAAGGCAAAAGCAAAGAGAUAAUUUGCAGGAUUUUGGUUACGAGUUAUCGCAAAAGCUUAAUAAGGUUAUUGAAGACUCACACGACGUCCGUUCGAAAACUAGCAUAAAAUUGCAAUCACUGAUGCCCAAAAUACCAGUACAAUCUGAUUUAACCGAAAUCCAAUCAUUUUUAGAACAACUAUCGGAGCAUUAUAGUGAAUUAGGUCUAAUAUUUACUAAUGUAAUCAAAACGUUAAACCAAAUUAUUCAUGAAGACAUUCCAACAAUCGAUGUCUUUUACAAUAAGCUUUUACAAUGCUGGUCCAUUGUAGAAUCCAAUGAUCUUAAAAAAGUGGCUGAUAAGGUUACGAAAGAAAUUGUCACCUUGACAGUCUGGAAUGCAAUUAAGUGCACUAAGAAAUCCGACAUCGAUGAGCUACGCAGUUUAAAUUACGGAAAACUAUCAGAGGAGCAGAAAUCAAUUGUUGACCAAUGGGAUCUGACUGACGACCAACUACAAGAUGGUCUUGUCGAUGAUGGUGAAGCUAGCGAGCAGAUCAGAAGACCAGUGCAGUUCUCACAAUACCAGGAAUCACAAUCACAAAUUCCAGUGAUCAAAUCUUCACAAACCGUACGAACUAGGAUAAACUCACAACGCAAGUCCAAAACACCUUCUAGUCAACUAGCACCAUCACAGGCAUCAAUUUUACCAUCUAGCAUGAGCCCAGCAUUCAGUCUGGACUCCCAGCCUCCAUUACUCUCGCAAACAUUCUCUCAAAGCUCUCAACCUAAGAAACGGAAGAAGAAGAGAAUGGGAGGGUUUGGAUAA